AGGUGAACUGAACCCAAGUAUGUACCUGACCACCAGAACUGUUGUAGUGGCUGCGACGCUGCCUGGAAGAGAAGCAAGAAUUCAAGAAUGUGGCAACGAGUGGCCACAAGGUAUUGUCGAGCUGGCGCCCGAGUCGUUGCCUCCUUUCUCCCAUCGGUCCCGCGUCCCACUAGCGAAAGCCGUCUCCGCCAGCAUCACCACAGAAUCCAUACCCAAGGUCGACAAUCUCAUUUAGUGGGUGCCAGAUUGGGACUCGCUCGCCAGAAACCAGCGAGGGCCGAGGACAAACGGACACUGCGACGACCUAGCCCGGGCUCUAGCCAUUGAGCGCGACUCGUUGCUGCAGAGCACAGGUACUGCGAGGCCUGAGCUUUCACUCUCCCCCUUCCACAGGCCCGCCGACUAGGGGCAAAGGCGUCGCACCGGCCAUGGGGCCGUCGUGGCCCGCCGUGAGCAGCCAUGGGAGGGUGUUAAGAUGAGCUUGGCGGGCACCAUCAUUAGCGGAGAUGACAGACAUGAGGAUGCUUACUGCGCUAUCGUGGCGCG